UGACCUUUAUGCUUUGCACACAUAGCCUAGUUCCCACCCACAAACGCGCGCAGACUCAGCACAGUAGGUAAGCAAAGCAAAACCAUGAACGCAAACAACUCUUCGCUGCACUCCCUCUCUUCUUCUUCUUCUUAGCUUUCAACCAUUUUCGUUCCGUUCAACUUCCGCAUUCACUCAAUGGCCGUUACAUCCCUCUCUCUUCUCCCUCCCUCCACGUGUCCCUGCUUCUGUGGCGCCAUCCAUCUCCGCUCCCACAACGCCUUCAUUUCCCUUAACUCCUCUUCUCCCUUUCCCUCUUUCUCCACAAUUCCAAAUCCCAAUCACGCUCCCACGCGCCGCCGCUCUCACACUGUCCUCGCCGCCUCCUCUGACUACUACACCACUCUCGGAGUCCCCAAAUCCGCCUCCGGCAAGGAAAUCAAAGCCGCCUAUCGAAGGUUAGCUCGUCAGUACCAUCCCGACGUAAACAAGGAGCCCGGGGCAACUGAAAAGUUCAAAGAGAUCAGUGCUGCUUAUGAGGUGCUAUCAGACGAUAAAAAGAGGGCUUUAUAUGAUCAAUAUGGCGAGGCGGGAGUUAAGAGUGCAGUUGGAGGAGGGUCAAGUGCCUAUACGACAAAUCCUUUUGAUUUAUUUGAGACAUUUUUUGGGCCAAGCAUGGGUGGCUUUGCAGGCAUGGAUCCAACUGGAUUUGGAACUCGUCGUCGUAGUACAGUUACUAAGGGUGAAGACAUCCGGUAUGAUUUUUCCUUGGAGUUUUCUGAGGCAAUUUUUGGAACAGAGAAAGAAUUCGAGCUUUCUCAUUUAGAAACAUGUGAAGUCUGUACUGGUACUGGAGCAAAGAUAGGCUCCAAGAUGAGAGUAUGUUCAACAUGUGGUGGGAGGGGUCAGGUGAUGAGGACCGAACAAACACCUUUUGGGUUGUUCUCUCAGGUUUCUGUAUGUCCAAACUGUGGAGGGGAUGGUGAAGUCAUAUCUGAAUAUUGUCGUAAAUGCAAUGGUGAAGGACGAAUACGGGUUAAGAAAAAUAUUAAAGUUAAAGUUCCUCCUGGUGUUAGCUCAGGCAGUAUUCUAAGAGUUUCUGGGGAGGGUGAUGCUGGACCUAGAGGGGGCCCUCCUGGAGAUCUUUAUGUAUAUCUUGAUGUUCAAGAGAUACCUGGAAUACAAAGAGAUGACAUUAAUCUCAGCUCAACAAUAUCAAUCAGUUAUCUAGAUGCUAUACUGGGGACUGUUGUGAAGGUAAAGACAGUGGAAGGCAUUUCAGAACUACAAAUACCCGCUGGUACCCAACCUGGAGAUGUCCUUGUCCUUGCAAGAAAAGGAGUACCAAAAUUAAAUAAGCCAUCAAUACGUGGUGACCACUUAUUUACAGUUAAAGUUACAAUACCAAAACGUAUUAGUACAAAGGAGCGUGAGUUGCUUGAAGAACUUUCUUCUUUAGGUGACACAGGCAGACGUUCCAAAUCCCGUCCUAGGACUCAUUCUACCACAGGUGGUACGGAAGGUCCUGCAUCUCAAAAUUACGAAACUCCAACAGCAACCGUUGAAGAAAAAACCGAAAAACCAGAAGAUGAAAAUGAUGUAUGGAAUAAAUUGAAGGACUUUGCUGGAUCUGUGGCAAAUGGUGCUUUAAAGUGGCUAAAAGAUAACCUCUAGUCCCAUGGGAUUAUUGGGUGGACCAGAGUCUCCAAGGUGUAGUUUACCUAAUGUGGGUUAAAGUUGUCAUGAUUCAACAUUUACUGGAAGGAAAGGGACUAAUGCAGACGUUUUCUCAAAAUCCUUUAAAUGAUUUUUUUUGCUGUCCAGCAAAAUCAAACAAGUAGUGAUCAGAUUCUUUUAUUUGUAAAUUUUGGCACAAGACUAUUUAUACAGAAUAAUUUGUUUAAGGAUCGUCAAAUUGUACUCUAUGAGCAGGUUGCACUGAGAUAAAGCUAGUGUAUAUCUGAUAAGAAGUCUAAGCUCUAUACGAGUGAAUUACAUAAAUUGUUAUUAAGUGAA